AUGGGAUUUCCACAAACACCGGCAGAUAUUACAGAUCUAGUCAACGAUGAUGUUGAAUUCGACUUCGACAUGCCUGCCAUGCCAACAAACCCCACGGCGGAUAUCCUGGACUUUGACUUCUGCACUGGCGCAAACUCGUUGGACGCGCUUUCGGAAAUGCUGGCCUUCCAGUCCAACCAGUUGAAUCCCACAGCCCUGCAAGCCGUCUCUGCGCCAGUCAGAAAGCCCUUCACAUCAGCGCAUCUUUCACCUUACGCAAAGUCCAGAGUGGAGUACUCAUUCGAGCAUAUCAAACUCGCGCCGAAGAUGAUGGUAGAGCAAGCCUGUACACCAUGGUCGCACCCGAUGCUUUAUGAAGAGUACAUGCCGAGAUCAUUACAAGACGCGCAUGCUGCAUGUGCCCUCUACACCACUAUGAACGACGUCAACUCUGAGCAUGUUGCACGGUACAUUACUAGCCGCGCCCAAGAGCUUGUUACCAGUGCCACGCCAAGUACACCAAUUGAGAUUCUUGCUCAUACACAAGCGCUUAUGUUGUAUCAGGCCAUGCUUCUCUCUAGUGGAGGGAUACGGCUCUGGGCACUAGCUGAUACCUUACUGCCUUAUCUCGAGGACAUGGGCGCCGCUCUGCUACCUAUUGCGGCUGAGGAGAGUGAGAUACCGGAGACCAUUCCACUAUAUCCUAGCACAGUUGCUCGAACGGCGUGGAAAUCGUAUAUUUUCCGCGAAUCAGCCCGACGGACUGUUCUGUGUGCCUACCAUAUAGCAAUUAUGUGGACUUUAUUCAGCGGUCAGUUCAAGACUUGCUCCCGCGACCACUCUCUAAGGAAUCUCGUCACACUUUCGGCACACUUGUGGAGGGCAACUAACCCCUUCGACUUUGCCAUGGCUUGGAACGACAAGAAUCACUUUCUUGUCAAAGAGCUAGACUUCACGGAAGUCUUGAGGAUUGCGCAGCCGGAUGACUUGGAUGUGUUUGCUAAUAUGAUGCUCGUUGGACUGCAGGGUAUUGACGAUGUGCGAGGCUGGUAUCAUACACGAGGUGGCGCCUUGCUGUAG